AUGUCCAGCGCAAAGGCCUCUGGCUCCAACGCCAGCGAUGGCUCCUCCACACGGCACCGCGAGCACAGGCAGGGCAACCAGGACCGCAAGUUCACCGUAGAGCAGGAGGCGGCCGUCAUCCGCAUCCGCCGCUGCGGCGCCACAGACUUCUACGACAUCCUCGGCCUCGAGUCGGUCAGGACGACGUGCACCGAGACCGAGAUCAAGAAGGCGUACCGGAAACAGUCGCUCCUCACCCACCCCGACAAGAAUGGCCACCAGCACGCCGACGAGGCCUUCAAGAUGGUCAGCCGCGCGUUCGGCAUCCUGGGAGACAAGGAGAAGCGUGAGAAGUACGACAAGUUUGGCGGCGACCCCGACAGUCGCUUCCAGAGUGCACAGGCGCAGAACCCCUUCUCCGGGUUCCGCCAGGCUGGCGGCGGUAGGCCAGCCGGCGGCAUGUACGAGGAGGAGUUGACGCCGGAGGAGAUGUUUGCACGGUUCUUUGGCGGAGGCUUUGGCGGAGGUGGUUUUGGAGGUGGCGGCUUUGGCGGAGGCGGCUUUGGAGGACCUGAAUUCGUAUUCAAUUUCGGCGGAGGCCCAGGUAUUCGUGUCCAUCAGUUUGGCGGUGGUCGGCCGCAAACACGACCCCGCAACGCGCGAGGCAACGGCCAGCCACAGCAGCAACAGAACCCCUUACAAAACCUCAUCGGCCUCCUCCCCAUCAUCCUCUUCUUCGUCGUACCCAUGCUCUCAUCCCUGUUCUCGUUCGGACCCUCGACCCCGUCAACACCACGCAUGGUGUUCGAAGAACCCACCACCCCCUACACAUACGGCCGAGUCACACCGAAUUUCAAGAUCAACUACUUCGUAAACGAGGGUGACAUCAAGGGUUACACCGCGGCCCAGUUUUCGCGGCUCGACGUAAUAGCGGAGGAGACUCGGUUCCGUGAGCUCGGACAUCAGUGCGAGCGCGAGCUCAUGGUGAAGCGCAGAAAGCAGGAGGCUGCCCAGGGCUGGUUCUACCAGGAUGUGGAGGAGAUGGCCAAGGCGAAUGCGUUGCCCACAAAAGCAUGUGAUAUGAUCAACCAGCUAAAGCGGCCAAGAAAGUACGAUUGA